GCCCACGGCGAGCGCCCGGCUGCAUGCGAGCCGUGGGCCAGGCUGCAGGCGUUCCAGGCGUGCUGCCCGUCGAUGGGACCGAAGACGCCCACCGGCACCAGCACCCCCGGCGAGGUGGGUGCGGAGGCCGCUCCUUGCGACGUCGGCGCCGUGGCCUCACCCGCGCGGCGCGGUGCUCGCCGCCGCCCGGCCGCCGCGCCCAAAGGGGCCCAGCCAGCGCGGGGCCCCGCCCAAGCGAGGAGCGGGUGGGAGUGGCCGCUGACCCGCCCGGACAAGCAGGCAAGGGUGAUCGAGAUGAACAACAACCUCGUGCAGAGCAACUACAGUAUCCUCCGGCAGCACAUGACCGCCGUGCACAGGAGGUGGGCCGAGCGCGAGCAUACCUUCCAGGUGGGCACGCUGGACUGGCCGCUCUCCGCCACCGAGAGGCGUGUGUUGUUCGGCAAGCGGGAGCAGGACCUUGCCCUUGCGGAGCACCUCGACCUCCUCGAGAAGAUCGGGGAGUUGCACCGCGAAUGCAGCCGCGCGGCCUGA